AUGGUCAAUGGCACGGACGAUCCCUUUAUGGCGUGGCAACCAACCACGGCUGGCUUCCCGUUCUCUUGGUCCCUAGACAACCUGGAACUACCUUUCAACAGCCCGCCUGUGUUUGACCUGUCAAGUACCUCACAUUCCCCAAUCCGGGUCUCGAACGUAACGCGGAGUAUCGACCGUGUCGAUCCCCACUCGCAAGCUGCGUGCCAAGAUCACGGUGCUACCGAGCCUCACAGGGCUUCUCCUCGACGAUACUUGGAAGCCGAGAACAUCUGUGGCGGCUAUACCAAGCCAUGCGGUAUCUUCCCGGACGUCGAACCGGAUGACCUCCAGGUCGCCGAGGCAGAGAUGUUCGGCCAUAUCUCUCUUGUCCCUGCUGCAGCUGUCAAGGGCUUACACAAGUUCUACUUGACCCAGCAGACGGGUCGAUCGAUGACGCCAAUCCCUAAAUGUGUACUGCGCGCCUUCCUGGAGCUCUACUUUGAGCAUUUCGAUAGGCAGUUCCCGUGCAUACAUCCGAGUCGCGUAGAGGACCCAAGCUUGUCUUGGAUUCUUCUUUUGGCCACAACUGCAGUUGGGAGCCAUUACUCUGAGAUGACUGCGGCGGCUGCCUACAAUACGAUUCUCUGCGAUUUGCUCGCCCGGGCUGUUGAGUCUGCCUUUCUGCGCAGCUUGAAAGCGGAUAUAUCUCUCAUGCAGAGCACCUUCCUCCUUCAUGUCAUCUGGAUGUUUUCUGGCUCGGGUCGAGACAAGGUGUUAGUACAGCACAAGCGGGGCAGCCUGGCAGCCAUGUGCUGGGAUCUGCUUGGUCAAGUCGACCCCCCGCAGGAUUCGGACGCAACUAGUCUCGGUCUUGAGCAGAUAUGGGAGGCAUGGCUUGCCGAGGAGGAGACAAUACGUCUUGUCACCUCCGUCCGAGCACUGGAGAGUCUGGAUUCUGUCUUCCUAGACACACCUCUAAUCUCCUCCCUCCGGACUUUGCCUCGACGACUUCCGUCCUCAGAAAGUCUCUGGCGGUGUCGGAACACCGCUGAAUGGCAGAGCACGAGACAGGAACUCGGCAAGUUUCGUCAUACAACAGCCGGCGACUCAAGGAGCCAACCUAUCUUGCAAACGGGCGACUUCGGUCUGAAGAUCCUGCAUCUAGAGCUUUUCACAGACCAGAAAAGCCUUGCCCGCCACAUCAAAGCAUCCCAGGCGAUGAAAGUAUCAUUCGCCACGUCCCUUGGAUUCCCUACACCAACGCCGACGCAAACCUCGAUCAGCCAAGUUCGACCCAGUGCUGAAAGUCGAGGAGCCAGUCAUCCGCUGCUGGAGACACUUCCUGAGCACCCAGCGUUCAGCAUGUUUACAGACAUGCUGUACGAACCCCCCAGACAGUCUGACACCAUUCUCGAGGUACUCGCCAUUCUUCACCACGUAUCACUGGAGACUCUCCACUCAGCAACAGGCUGGCAGGCAACGAAAGAGCAGAUGUUUCGCGCCAAGAGCAGAUUCCGCGACUUUUUCCAGAACGACGGCAUCCAGGCCCGACGGUGCCUGCUCCACGCGGCAAGAAUCUUCCGUGUCACCCGCGGCUCCCGUCUCGGCGCGUGCUACGACGUUUUUAGUGUCAUGAUUGCAAUGGGUUUCAUAUACUGCUACAUUGAACUAUGCACAGAGACGCCUCACACAGAAAAGACUUCUGGCCAUCAACGGGUUCCGCUCGUGCGACUCGACCAGCUGGAGAGUAGAGUCGCGGUUGACAACUGGAUCAACAACGGAGCGGACAGCUUGCUCCACCUCACAGGAGUUGGCCUGCUGAGCGGUCCGGACGCUUGUGUCCGGUUCCUGCGGGACAUCGAGAAGAGCUUGCUGUCGCAGAUAGCCUGGGCCGGAAUAUGUCGCGCCUUUGCAGGGAGCUUUGCACAGCUGCGGCGUGGAGAGACACCCACAAGACCUUCGACAGACCACAUUUAG